AAGUGGGUAAUCAUAUUUAUUGAAAGGGUGUUUAAGUUUGAAAUUUGAGACCGAUAUUAUUGAUCUCAUUGCCCCUAACUACAUGCAAACACAAGUGUUUCUGUCCCACAUAAUGCAUUUUGGCCAUGCCGUGAUUGAUGGCAGUGUAUCUCCAAAGGAAUCCUUAGGCCUCACUCCUUGAGAUUUUGAUCACAUUAAUUCACACAUUGCCUGUUUGGUUGGAGGGAAUGUGGCCAUGAAAAAGACCCCACACGCUUAUCUUUUUCUUUUGUCACCCUCACGUCUGAAGCACCAUUUUAUUUUCCAAAGGAGACCAAAGCAAAGUAAAAGUCCAAGUCAUGCACCCAGCAAUUUCACCACCCUCUCUUUUCCUAUUGCUUUACCGUCUGCUUUAUAUAUAUAUGUUUUGCAACUCCAUCAAACACAAAGGCCCCAUACCACUCACAGCCAUGGACUGGUUCUCCUGGCUAUCCAAAACCGGCCUAGAGCCUUCCCUUGUUUAUGAGUAUGCCCUUGCUUUUUCCCAAAACGAGCUUGAAGAAGAAGACAUAUCAUACUUCAACCAUGAGUUCCUCCAGAGCAUGGGCAUCUCCAUAGCAAAGCAUAGGCUGGAGAUCCUCAAGCUUGCUAGGAAGGAGAGAGGAGCGAGCCCACGCGCCAUGUCAAGGCUUAUCAUCGCGAUCAAGAGGACAAAGAGGUGUCUUGCCAAGUAUAUUAGGACGUGGGUUCAUCGCGAGGAGUCGGCUCUUGUCGUUGUGCCAAGGCCUGGUUAUGGUUCAAGAUGGAGGGGAGCCAUGCUGAAACGGAACAAGAGGAUGGUGAUGGCGACGCAAGGGAGGUUGAUGCUCACAAAUGGAAGUCCUAAGGUUGUGUCCAAGCGACGUAUAGAUAGCUUUUCCAGUCCGGCGGUUUACAAUCUGCCAAGCGAGGAAAAGAUCGACGGCAACGGCGAUGGGGAUGGGGAUGGGGUGGAUGAUGGAUACUGGUCGACGGUAGUAGAAGAGAUCAGGUGGGAUACCAUGUUUCAGGAUAUGAAGCCCACAUAAGAGACUGUUUUUUCUUCCUCCUAGCUUUUGAUUUCUUCUGAUAAUUCAAUGGUGAGAGAUGGGUUUUUUGGGUUCUUCCACCAGAGAGUUUUGUUUGAGUGUUUCUGAAGAAUUGAAUCGUGUCCUUUUUCUUUAGUGGUGGGUCUUUCAGAAAAACCCACUUUAGGACCAAGGGAUCUGUUCAGCAAUGAGAUUGUCUUCCCAGCCGUUUUUUUUUUUUUCUUUUUUUUGUAUGUUCCCAUGGCCUUUAUCUUCCAAUAUAUAUAGAAAUGGCCAAAGUGCUUUACUGUCUUUGUGAAAA